ACUUCGAUAUUCUGUGCGAAAAAGGUGGAGGGCACACUGAAAAACCUAAAUAGCUAAACAAAUUUUACGGAUUUGGGAAAAAUUACUGACCACUUCUCCUAACCGGGAGCAGCCAGCCACGAUGACGUCCCGCAACCUGACGGAGGUGUUCGUCAUCAUGCGCAACAACGCGUCCAAGAACCGCAAUCACUACGACGAUCGGAGGGGCAGUGAUGCGGAACGCCUGCUGAAGCACUCGGUACGGGAGGCAGAGGAGGGACUAGAGCUCCAGGACGACUAUGGGACACCGCCCGCCUGGCUGGACAAGUUCGAGGAGGCCCAGUACACCAUGUCCAAAAUCAAGCCGAAGCUGGACGAACUGGGCUCCCUGCACGCACGCCAUCUCUUGAGGCCUGCCUUCGAUGAUCAGCGGGACGACGAGUGCGAUAUUGAAGUGCUUAGCCAGAUCGUCUCCAAGCUGAUCACCUCUACGCACCGGCACAUCCAGUGCGUGCGGUCCAGCAUCGGAGUCGGCAGCAAGGUAGAGCAGUGCUUGACCGCUAACGCGGUGCACUGCGCCCUGCUCCAGUUGCAGGAGCUGACCGUUAAGUUCCGGGCCAGCCAGAACGCCUACCUGCUGCAGCUUAACUCCCGCGAGGAGCGCUCGCAAAAGUACUUCGACGACGGUGGCGCCGGUGAAGUCUUUACCAACGUGGAGCUGGGCGACCAGAGCGCUGAGAAUUUUGUCGACUCCUUUGACAACUUCUUGCAGCCGCCGGCAGCAGAGGGCAAGAGCAGCAGCAGCUUCCUGUUUGAGGACGACGACCAGGCCAUUGAUGACCACUUCCAGCGACCGCCGGCCAGCCGGAUGACCCAGCAGCAACUGCUGCUUUUCGAGGAGGAGAACUCGCGGGUGGCGCAGCAUCGCGAGCAGGAGGUGACGAAGAUAGUAAAGUCCAUCUACGACUUAAACGACAUAUUUAAGGACCUCGGACACAUGGUGCAGGAGCAGGGCACUGUGCUCGAUCGCAUCGACUACAACGUAGAGCAGACGCAGACGCGUGUCUCUGAGGGAUUGCGCCAGUUACACAAGGCAGAAAUGUAUCAGCGCAAAAACCGCAAGAUCUGUGUCAUUCUGGUCCUGGCGGCGGUUACCUUCUUCAUGCUGCUGCUGCUCAUCCUGACCAAGCUUUAGUUUUCCGGUCAUAGUCCACGUCAUUCCCGUGUUUAUGUGUGUAUAUUGUAAAUGUAUAAAUACAUGUUAUAUUUAUUA